AAGCUAUAAAAACUCGGGGUAAUAUUGUACGAGUAUUCAGUAACCUGUUGGUCGUGGAGCCGUCGUUUCUGAUUGAAACAGAUGUCGAACAUGAAGGCCAUCGUCGUUAUACUUGCCGUUUCUUUCGUCGCUGUCUUGGGUCAACUCACGGAAGAGCAGAAGGCGAAAUUGAAAGAUUACAAAGAAUCUUGUAUCAGUGAAACUGGUGUCGAUCGGGACGUUGUGAAAAAUGCGAAAGAAGGCGUGAUUGAUGAAAAUAAUGAGAAACUUGCUUGCUUCGCCACAUGUUUAUUAAAGAAGACCGGAGUGAUGAAGGAAAAUGGAGAUAUAGACAUUGAUGUGGUUCGCUCGAAGAUGCCUCCGGGAAUAUCACAAGAAGACGUCGACGAUCUGAUCCAAAAAUGUCAAAACAUUACUGGAGACGGUUGUUGGAAGGGAGGUGCUUUGAUGAAAUGCAUCAUGGAAAACAAGUUGAUCUCUCUUGCAAAAUCGCACAGAUAAACAGUCUUCAUAAAUGGACGACAAUAUGAAACUUCAGUUCUGUUGUAAUAUAUCAUUAGAUUUAGCGUUUAAUUUAGUUGGUAUUAAAAUGAUGUUUCGUGCACUUAUGUAUAGAAUUUCGUUUUAAAGCAUAUUUACGGGCAAAUAAAUACUUUGAGUUCCAGUAAAAUACAAA